ACCAACCUCAACCUCAGGAGCCUGCCAUCAGGGGGAUACUAGGAUUACAGGUUACUGGACAUAAUAAAGUGUUGAACUGGUACCUCAUUCAGAGGGACAAUGGUGUCCCAUUCCGUGACCCUGAUCAUGUUGGUCACAGGCUUAACUAGUGUCUUGGCUCAGGAUUACUAUGAGGAGAGAAAGUUAAACAAGAAAACAAGGGGAAAUCUGCUGGCUGCAAAUAAUGAGAAAAAACUUGACGGGCAAGCCAUCCUGGACGAGGACUGCGGCCUGGAGGUGUCCUUCCUGCUCGACAGCUCAGAGAGCGCCAAGGAGAACCACGAGCAGGAGAAGCGCUUCGCCAUGGACGUAAUGGAGCGCCUGCAGGGCGUGCGUCUGCAGACGGGCCGCGCCGUCAGCUCGCGCGCCGCCCUGCUGCAGUACAGCAGCCAUGUCAUCAUCGAGCAGACCUUCAAGGAGUGGAGGGGCGUGGGAAGCUUCAAGUCGCGCGUCGCUCCCAUCGUCUACAUCGGCCACGGCACCUACACCACCUACGCCAUCACCAACAUGACCAAGAUCUACCUGGAGGAGUCCAGCCCCGGCAGCAUCAAGGUGGCCGUACUGCUUACCGACGGCAUCUCCCACCCCAGGAACCCCGACCUCUUCUCGGCCGUGGCUGACGCCAAGAACCAGGGGGUCCGCUUCUUCACGGUGGGCAUCACCCGGGCGGCCAACGAACCCGGCAACAUAGACCAGCUCCGCCUGGUGGCCAGCACGCCAGAAUCCCGCUACCUCCACAACCUACAGGAUGUGGACAUUCUGGAAAAGGUCCUGGUAGAAAUUGUUAACUUAGCUGAUGAAGGGUGUCCCCUGGCUCAAAGCUGUGCGUGCGAGAACGGGGAGAGAGGUCCAAUCGGUCCUGCUGGGAAGAAAGGUCGCCCAGGUGAUGAUGGAGCCCCCGGUCCUAAAGGCUCGAAGGGAGAAGUAGGUCAGGGUGGACUUGCCGGCAGAGAAGGCGCAGAGGGCAAACCUGGUUAUAAAGGAGAGAGGGGGGAGCGGGGCGAGUGUGGCACUCCAGGAUUGAAAGGGGACAAGGGUCCUGAGGGGCCACUUGGCGGCAGGGGCCUCAGGGGCCUACAGGGGUUACCAGGACCACCGGGGGACAGCGGACCAGAGGGCUCUCAGGGAAGACAGGGUGAGCGUGGGCCAGCUGGCCCGCCGGGAGUCCAAGGAGAAACGGGUACUGGACUUCCUGGUCAGAAGGGGGAUGUGGGGUUCCCCGGCAGACACGGGCCCCCGGGACCCCCUGGCAUGGGAGAGCCCGGCCUGCCAGGGCCUCAAGGGCCACAGGGUGUUCAAGGAGAGAAAGGACCGCAGGGCGAGGGAUUCCCUGGGCCAAAGGGGGUCCGGGGGCUGGACGGGCCGAGGGGACCAAGAGGACAGACGGGUGCAGGAAUUAAAGGAGAGAAGGGGGAGUUUGGCCUCCCUGGGUUUCCGGGACCGACAGGGCUCACAGGAGCAGGUAUCCAGGGAGAGAAGGGAGUGGAGGGGCCCAGGGGGCCCCCAGGAGUCAGAGGCCCCCAGGGGGACGGUUUCGCUGGGCCCAAGGGGGAUCAAGGAUUACCAGGAGAACUUGGGUCUCCUGGUGAAAGAGGCCUUGGUGAACCGGGGGCCAAGGGUGAGCCUGGCUCCUCUGGGGUGUCUGGCCUGCCAGGUCUUCCAGGCGAGGAUGGGGCCCCAGGACAGAAGGGUGAGCUUGGUUUCCCUGGCCUGAGAGGUAGUGAGGGAGCCGCAGGGGUGGGCACCCAAGGAGAGAAGGGAGACCAGGGUCAGAGGGGUAUCCGUGGGUUACAUGGACCCCCUGGCGUCAACGGACCUUCGGGGCCAAAGGGAGAGCCUGGCACACCAGGCCGUCUGGGCAUGCCAGGACUACCAGGACGGGCACUGGCAGGCGCCAAGGGAGACCUGGGUCCGCCAGGGCCUUCUGGGCCAGUUGGGGAAACGGGCUACGGACUUCCUGGUCCAAAGGGGGAUCGUGGUAACCCAGGAUCUUCAGGUCCGUUUGGGCCUAAAGGAGAAGGGUACCCUGGUCCUGUGGGCCCCCCAGGCCUGCCUGGGCUGACAGGGGAGCCAGGACCUGAGGGGGUUGGUAUUCCAGGGCCAAAGGGAGACGUUGGGUUCAGAGGGUUGCCAGGUUUGCCCGGCCCAACAGGAGAGGGUGUGCAAGGGCCUCCGGGUAACAUUGGAAGGCCAGGGCCCUCAGGCCCUGCCGGACCCCCAGGAGAGGGUCUGCAAGGGCCAAAGGGUGACCAGGGGUCUCAGGGUGUGAACGGGCCGAGGGGGCCAGCAGGAGAGGGGCUCCCAGGGGCAAAGGGUGACCGGGGCGUGCAGGGCGAGAGGGGUUUGAAGGGAAUCAAGGGUGACCUGGGAGACCCUGGUGUUCCUGGAGAGUCUGGCCGACCGGGAGUAAAGGGGGAAGUGGGUCUAACCAGAGAAGAUAUUAUUAAACUUAUCAAGGAAAUCUGUGGAUGUGGAAUCAAAUGCAAGGAAAGGCCGAUGGAGCUGGUGUUUGUCAUUGACAGCUCAGAGAGCGUCGGUCCAGAAAACUUUGAAAUCAUCAAAGACUUUGUCACGGCGCUGGUGGACCGCACCACGAUGGGCCGCAACGCCACCAGGAUAGGCCUGGUCCUCUACAGCCUGGACGUCCACCUGGAGUUCAACCUGGCCCGCUACAUGACCAAACAAGACGUCAAGCAGGCCAUCCGGAAGAUGCCGUACAUGGGCGAGGGCACCUACACAGGGACGGCCAUCAGGAAGGCCACCCAGGAGGCCUUCUUCAGCGCCAGGACGGGGGUCAGUAAGGUGGCCAUCGUCAUCACCGACGGACAGACGGACAAGCGGGAGUCUGUGAAGCUGGAGAUGGCUGUGAGGGAGGCGCACGCCGCCAACAUCGAGAUGUACGCUCUGGGCAUCGUCAACAGCUCUGACAUCACCCAGACCGAGUUCCUGAGAGAGCUGAACCUCAUCGCCUCGGAUCCUGACAGUGAACACAUGUUCCUCAUUGAUGACUUCAACACCCUCCCAGCCUUGGAGUCCAAACUUGUGAGCCAAUUCUGGUACAACCGCAUCACCAACGGAAACGGUUACGGAAAUGGAAACCAUGGACACACAGGGGACAGCCAUGGCAGCGGCCAUGACAACGCCCAUUACAACGGCUUUGGGAAUAACGGCUAUGGAAUCAGUGGAAAUGGCAACAAUGGCCACGGCAACAGCGGCUAUGACAACUACCAGGAGGAGGUCCAGAGACGCACCAACACCCAGACCCACAUUCGUGGGCGAGGAGAUAACUUCGCCCUGCCCAUCAACGCUGGUCCACUCCCAGCCAAGGUGGAGGAGGGAGAAGAGGACGGUGAAGAUCUCGACUUGAGGACCCAUGUGACCCAUGUGAGAGGAAGUGGCCAUGUUGCCGUGGUGAACAAGACGGUCGCCAGCCUGCCUGUCAGGGAAAGUUCCUCCUCCACGGGGGUGCUCUCUACAUCCUCCUCAUCAUCAUCCUCCUCAUCCUCCUCCUCAUCCUCCUCAGGCUCAUCCUUAGGCUCAUCCUCAGGGUCGCCCUCAGUGUCACCCUCAGGGUCGGUCCACAGUCAUUUGCGUCCUGUUGUCAUUCCUGUCCAGCCCAAAGUGUUGGCUCCUCUGGAUCCCCGUUGCAAACUGAGUUUGGACCAAGGCCCGUGUAGAGAUUACAUCAUCCAGUGGUACUAUGACAAGCAGGCCAAUGCCUGUGCACAGUUCUGGUUUGGAGGCUGUGACGGGAAUGCUAACCGCUACGAGACAGAGGAGGAGUGCAAGAGAACGUGUGUUCUGUCUAGAACAGCUGGCUAAAGACUGAAGAAAAAACAACGAAUUCUCUCAUCUGAAGAAUCUUUCCAGCCAAACGUGGACAGGCCUCUUCGAACAGUAUUCAACUUCUGAUGGUCUCCUGUGUUGUUUAAUGGUGUGGCUUUAUAACUGCUCAUGAAAUAUCGCUCUGGGAAAAACAUUCUUUAUGCAAUUUGCAGAAAUAUCACGGUGCUGUACAAAACUGAAGUAAAUGCAAAUUGAUCAUAUAUUUUUUAUUAAUGUGACUACCCUGCUUUCAGUGAUCAAACUCUUACCUCAACAUUAUGCACAUUUAAAAUAGAGUUAUAAUUUUAGAGUAAAACAUUUGUUUGGCUUAGAUAGAAAGCUAUUACCAUACCUUUUUACCCUUUUGUUACAGUAAUGCAUAUUCUGACACCUCUGAGCCAUACAAGAGCAUGCUGAUAGACAGAUGUUUUUCCUCAAUGAUUGCAAAACAUUUAACAUUUGUGUAGUUUGUAAAUCUGUAUUAGUUGAGUAAUAAUCUGAUUCAGUAUCUGUUUCUUUUUCUUUGGGGGGGGGGG